GGGGCUUGACGUUUGUUUGAUGGGAGAUGGGAUUUCCAAUUUACUGCAUUGCAUACUAUAGUGAUAGUUCAAUAGUUGCACUGCAAAAUACUCAAAGAACAAGUAAAAUGUGAAGUGCUUUUGGUAUGAAAAAUAGUACCUUUUGUAUAUUUUCCUUUAUUGAUAGUCUGUUUUAAAUAAACAUGUUAUCGUUCUUACAAGAUCUGGAUUUUGUUGCUGUAGGCGAAGGCAUCCAUACGUUCGCAGUGUCAUUUUUGUUCUUUAGUUUAUAUUUUAAUAAAGGAUCGCUGGGUGUUUCAGCUAAGACCCAGAUACUGUUCCUAGUGUCAAUAAUAGCCAAGAGCUGGUAUGUCAUUCAACUGGGGCAUUACGAGCCAAUCUACUGGUGGCUUCAGUUUUCGCAUAUAGCAUUCACCUGGGGCACUCUUCUUUUCUUAUUUAUAUCGAGGACUGCUAACCGAGAAGAUGAUACUUUCUGGUCCGAAUUGGUCAUUUUACCAGCAAUAUUUACGUCGGUACUGGCCAGUCAGUCUUUGCUUGCAGUGGAUUUGCUGUACACCUUCAGCCAGUUCCUCAAAUGCGUAGCUGUGAUCCCUCAGAUGUACUUAAUAUUAAAGACCAAAAAAAUCUCAAACACAAUAGCCAUUUACCUUUUUGCGAUGGGUUUCCAAGACUGGAUAGCCAAAUAUUCUACACUAGGUUUCAACCAAACUACGGAUAUAACUUCCUUUAUUUACUUGGGCGUUUACACUGUUUCUGUAAUGAUCAUGCUACAUUCUGGUGUUCAAAUGUACAGCAGUGAUGAUGGUGGAUCCGAACAGAUAUACUCUUUGACCAGCGAGUUUGUUGAUGAUUGUUCGGAUACGGCCUUACUUAUAAAUGGAAAGGAGGAUGAUUUGGAUUGUGGUCAAUGGCAGGAUAAAAAAUUUCAACCAAAGAAUGACUUUGGAUUGAAAGUGAGCUGUGAGAAGGAAACAAUGUGAUUACUAAUGCAGAAGAAGCUAUUUACAUAAGUAUUUAAUGAUUAUUUACAAUGAUUCCAUAAUUUGUAUUUUUUCGAAUAUGUAUAUAUACAAUUGAACAAAA